UAGCGAUAGUCCGCAUACUUUCCACGGAUUGUGUGGCCCAGAGUGGUGCAUCCAUCUAGCAAGCAACUGACUGUUUCCACUUUGGAUUGAUUUCAAGCUCCCUUUUCUUCCUUCCUUUCCCAUGGCUUCAUCAUUUCUUCUUUCUUCUCCACCCAUCUCCUUCUUCUCCAACACCUCAUGAUCAUGGCUCUGUCAUUGCACCCAUUUGUUUCUCCCCACUCCACUUCCCUCUUCAAAUCCCUCCUCAACUUCCCUCCACCAAAACUCACUGCAAACGUAACCCUCCACAGAAAUCUCAAAUCAUCAACUACUCUGAGAACCAGCAGCUUCCCAAGAUGCCAAGCACUGGCUGAUAUAAGUAAUCCUACCAGUGGUAGUGUGGAGGAAGAUGAAGAUCACCAGGUUCUUGUGGAUCCUUCCAGUGAAGAGGAAAGGAGAGGAGAAAGAUUAGUGGCAGACUAUGAUUGGACUGAAGAAUGGUACCCGCUUUACCUCACUAAAGAUGUCCCAGAUGAUGCCCCUUUAGGCCUCACCGUGUUUGAUAAGCAAAUAGUCUUGUACAAAGAUGACAAUGGGGAGCUUCGUUGUUUUCAAGAUCGCUGCCCCCACAGGUUGGCGAAACUUUCUGAGGGGCAGUUGGUUGAUGGAAGACUUGAAUGUUUGUAUCAUGGUUGGCAAUUUGAAGGUGAGGGUAAAUGUGUUAAGAUACCUCAGCUUCCGGCGAAUGCCAAAAUUCCAAAAUCAGCUUGUGUUUCAGUUUAUCAAGUGAAGGAAUCACAAGGAGUUGUGUGGGUGUGGAUGUCACAGAAGACACCUCCAAACUUUGGUAAAAUUCCCUGGUUUGAGAAUUUUGCAAGGCCAGGCUUUCAAGACACUUCAACCAUCCAUGAGCUUCCUUACGAUCACUCUAUACUCCUAGAGAACCUGAUGGAUCCUGCUCAUAUUCCCAUCUCACAUGAUAGGACAGACUGGACUGCGAAAAGAGAAGACGCACAACCGCUCCUUUUCAAGGUGACUGAACGAUCAGACCGCGGAUUUGCAGGCUGGUGGGGGAAGGAAUCAGAUGGCUCCAUGCCAAACUUCUUACGGUUUGAAGCACCUUGUGUUCUUCAGAAUAACAGAGAAUUUGUUGGCAAGGAUGGUGUGAAGCAUUACUUCACAGGGCUCUUCCUUUGUAGACCAACAGGACAGGGAAAGUCCAUGCUUAUUGUAAGAUUUGGAGCUACAAUAAGAUCACCAUUGUCAAAGAUUUUACCACAAUGGUAUUUCCAUCAGAAUGCAAGUAAGGUUUUUGAGCAAGAUAUGGGGUUUCUGUCAUCCCAAAAUGAGGUUUUAAUGAAAGAAAAAGUGCCCACAAAGCAAUUGUAUCUUAACUUAAGGUCUUUAGAUACAUGGGUUGCUGAAUACAGGAAAUGGAUGGACAAAGUUGGCCAUGGAAUGCCUUACCAUUUUGGGCACAGCACCAUUUCUCUGCCUAAACAGCCUGCUGUGGUGGAACAUGCACCGGCUGGGCUUGUUGCAGGAGUUUCAGCUUCUUCACCAGCCAAGGGCGGCCUGGGAACAAUGCAUGCUCCGAAUACAGCAAAUCGAUACUUUCGACAUGUGAUACAUUGCAAGAAUUGCAGCAGUGUUGUCAAAGCUUUCUAUACUUGGAAAAAUGGACUUGUGGCAGCGGCUCUUGCUUUUUCAGCACUGGCUAUUCUAGCUACGGGAAGGCAAUGGAGGACCUUCUUUGUGGUCUCUGCAACCUUAUGUUUGACUGGAAUUUAUGCUUGCUCAACUGCAAUUGCAAUGAACACUACAAACUUCAUAAGAACACACAGGAGAUUGUGAAUCAGCAAACAAUACCUGCUAUCUUGUAUUUCAGAGUUGAUUGUCAAACGUUAAGGCCUUAUUCUCUCUAUCUUAUUGGACUUCUAUGAUUCAUUUUCUCUUUAAAUGUGAAUCAGCAGACAUUUAGCAAACCA